GAAGAAGAAUCCGUCUAGAAGCCACACUAAAAAAAAGUAGGCUAACUGUCCACACGAAACUGGUUAUGAUUUUAGGUUAGAGGAACUUAUCAUGUCCAAUGACGAGAAGCGAUAUGAUGGAUCUGAGACUGACAUUAAAUUCGUGAAAAGGUGCUGCGAUAUUGAUCCAUAUGAUGAUGAUCCCAAUGUUUUAAGAGCUGAAUUAUCCUGUGGUCACGUCACUGCUCCACAGACACUGACAGACUACUGCAGAAUACAGCUGGAGCAGGGGAAACCGGAGCUGAUAUGCCCUAAAUGUAAACAACAAUGGUCUUACAUUGAAGUUCGUAAAUUAGCCAAACUUACACCUGAAGAACAUCAAAACUUUGAGGAAAAUCUUGCCAAGAAUGCUGCUAGAAAGAUGGUAGACAUCAAGAAUUGUCCUGGGUGUGACUGGAUCAUCGAGAGAUCAGACUCAUCUAAUCUCAGCGUGAAGUGCACCGUUUGCUCUGUAAAGAAUAAAAAAACCUUUGAGUUCUGCUGGCAGUGUUUGAGAGAAUGGAAAGGUCGGCGUCCUCGAUCUGAUCGAUGUGACAAUGAAGGCUGCUGCGACAGAGAGCUGGAUCUGCUGAGAGAUUGUGCAACUAUUACUUUAAAAAAUGCUGCAAAUAUUGAAUGUCCAGCUGUUCGUGCCUGUAUAACAUGUGGAAUGCUAAUUAACCACAACUCAGAGAAAUGCAAAAACAUUGUGUGCUCUCGAUGUAAUAAAGAGUUUUGUUUUGUCUGUCUGAAGCUCACACCUGAAUGUCUGAAGACUAGUAGUUACUUUAUUCCCUGUUCAGGUGGUGUGGCUCCACGACAGACUUCAAUUCCACUUUGGAGAGAUAAAUAAUAGAUUACAAGCAUGCCAAAUCACAUUAUUACAAGCAUGCCAAAUCACAUCAUACGCACAUUACUUUUGGCAUGUGGAAUAUUUUUUGCAUGUUUAGCUUAUCUGGUUCAUUUAAAAGUAAGUGUAUAAAUGUCUUGUGUAUUUUCAUUGUCACGAUCUGUUGUUAUGCAGUGAAAGAAACCACAAGACUGAAUAUUAAAGUGAUUUAAAUACAAUUGGUAUAUUUGCAGGCAAUUUCCUUGCA